CGAUAGUCAGGAGGUCAUUAACUAAUCGAAGAGGUGUGCUAGCUUAAAAUAGAUCGCCGCCGGCCAGGCAAGACAGGGCGCGCCUUCCCGGCCGGACAGAAGAAUCCCAAAUGGUUUGGCGAAGCCCUAGUUGACGCCCGAUUAUUUCUUGAUGGGAUUGUAAAAAAGGACGGGCAAAAGAAAAUCCCGUUCUCACUCGGGCUCAGUUAUGGUGGCCGAUCAAAAAGGAGUAUUGAGCAUUGCAGUUCCAGGAGUGGAGAAACACCACUAUCAGGCAUCGGCGACAGCAACUGGUCUUAAUUAUUAUGGCCUCUGCACCUUCGCCGGAAUAUUCAGUGCCGGCACUACCCAUCUCGCUAUCACGCCUCUCGAUGUCAUCAAAGUCAACAUGCAGCUGAAUCCAAUCAAAUACCACAGCAUAUCCACUUGCUUCACCACUCUACUGAAGGAGCAAGGGCAUUCCACGUUUUGGCGAGGCUGGGCAAGCAAGUUCUUCGGCUACGGCCUCCAAGGUGGCUGCAGAUUCGGGUUGUACGAAUACUUCAAAACCCUCUACUCAAAUGUCAUCCCUCCCGACUACCAGCGCAACCGUAGCAUCAUAUUCUUCACCAGCAGCGCCACGGCCGAAGUCUUCGCCAACCUCUGCCUCUGCCCUUUCGAAGCCAUCAAGGUUAAAGUUCAAGCACAGCCACAUUUCGCCAAGGGACUGCUCGACGGCUUCCCAAAGCUAUAUGCAUCCGACGGCCUCCUUGGUUUCUACAGAGGUCUUGUCCCACUCAUGGGUCGAAACAUUCCAUUCUCGAUGGUGAUGUUCUCGACGUUUGAGCACACGGUGGAUUUCCUAUACCGCAAAGUGGUGAAAGCGAGGAAGGAGGAAUGCACGAAAUGGCGCCAGCUAGGGAUCACAUGUGUGGCUGGAUAUGCAGCUGGCUCUGUCGGCAGCGUAAUAACUAACCCCGCCGACAACCUUGUUACUCAUCUUUACAACAGGAAGGGGGAUGGGCUUAUCACGGCUGUGAAAAAGAUUGGUUGUCUCAACUUGUUUACGAGGAGCCUUCCCAUCAGGGUAAUCCUCGUUGGACCUGCCGUGACCCUGCAGUGGCUGCUCUUUGACAGCGUUAAAGUUUUCAGUGGCUUGCCAAGCAGCGGAGAAGUCAGGACUGACGUUGGAUAGCACGAGCAGGGUAUCGGACAACGUAUGCAGGAUCGCAGGCCGAGGAAUUACAGCUUAACAGCGCUCUGGUAUCAGAGUUUCAGCACAGGGUUACUGAUUUUUGUUCCUUCUGUAUAACUGGGGAGAGGAUCAAAUCAAUGCCGAGGCUUUAAAAUAAAAGUUCACCGAGUGA